GGGCUCGGCCACCGGAACUGCCCCACGGUACCGGCAGCGCCUUCCCGGGGCCGGGAUCCCCUUCCCAAUCCCACAUUCCAAUCCCACAGUCCCCUUCCCAAUCCCACAGUCCUCAUCCUGGUCCCACAUCCUGGUCCCACAUCCCGAUCCCGAUCCCACAUCCCAGGCACAAAUCCCCAUCCCCAUCCCAAAUCCUCAUCCCGAUCCCAAAUCCCAAUCCCACAUCCUCAUCACGAUCCCACAUCCUGAUCCCAAAUCCCGGUCCCAGAAUCCCCAUCCUGAUCCCACAUCCUGGUCCCACAUACCAAUCCCACAUCCCCAUCCUAGUCCCACAAUCCCCAUCCUGGUCCCAAAUUCCCAUCCCAGUCCCAGAAUCCCCAUCCCAAUCUCAUACCUUCAUCCCAGUCCCACAUCCCAAUCUCAAUCCCAAUCCCAAAUCCCCAUCCUGAUCCCAGAAUCCCCAUCAUGAUCCCACAUCCCCAUCCCAAAUCCUGGUCCAAAUACUCAUCCCGAUCCCACAUCCUGAUCCCACAUCCUGGUCCCAAAUCCCCAUGCUGAUGCCACAUCCCCAUCCCAGUCCCAAAUCCCAAUCCCACAUCCCCAUCCCGGUUCCACAUCCCGAUCUCACAAUCUCCAUCUCGAUCCCAAAUCCUCAUCCCAAUCCCAUAUCCCCAUCCCAAUCCCACAUCCCCACCCCAAUCCCACAUCUCCAUCCCGGUUCCACAUCCCGAUCUCACAAUCUCCAUCUCGAUCCCAAAUCCUCAUCCCAAUCCCAUAUCCCCAUCCCAAUCCCACAUCCCCACCCCAAUCCCACAUCUCCAUCCCGGUUCCACAUCCCGAUCUCACAAUCUCCAUUUUGAUCCCAAAUCCUCAUCUCAAUCCCAAAUCCCCAUGCUGAUCCCAUAUCCCCAUCCCAAUCCCACCUCCCGAUCCCAAAUCCCCAUCCCGAUCCCAAAUCCCCAUCCCCAUCCCAAAUCCUCAUCCCCAUCCCAAAUCCCAAUCCCACAUCCUCAUCCUGAUCCCACAUCCCGAUCCCAAAUCCCGGUCCCAAAUCCCCAUCCUCGUCCCACAAUCCCCAUCCUGGUCCCAGAAUCCCCAUCCCGAUCCCAAAUCUUAGUCCCACACCCUGAACCCACAUCCCCAUCCCAGUCCCACAAUUCCCAUCCCGAUCCCACAUCCCCAUCCCAAAUCCCGGUCCCAAAUUCCCAUGCCGAUCCCACAUCCCCAUCCCGGUUCCACAUCCCGAUCUCACAUCCUCAUCUCGAUCCCAAAUCCUCAUCCCGAUCCCAAACCCCCAUCCCAAUCCGACAUCCCCACCCCAAUCCCACAUCCCCAUCCUGAUCCCACAUCCCGAUCCCAAAUCCCCAUCCCGGUCCCCGCACUCCCGGAUUCUCCCGGCACCGCCUCACAGCUCCGGCCCUCCCUGUCCCUCCCUGUCCCUCCCUGUCCCCUCCCUGUCCCCUCCCUGUCCCCUCCCCUCCCCGCCCUCUCCCCGCUCCUCCUCCCGCCGCUCCGUCCCCGCCGCGCGCCGCAGCCACCGGGUGCAGACACGGGGACAAACCGGAGCCACCGGGGGGGGACCCGGGGACAAACCGGAGCCCCCGAGGGACCGCGGGCGGCUCCUGCCCGGGAGAGGGGCCGGAUGGAGGCGGAACCGGAGGCAGAACCGGCAGCGGCGCUUCUCGCGGAGCCGUGCCCCGCCGCGAGCACCCCCGUGCCGGCCUCCCCUCCCCGUCACCCCGCGGAGGGUGAGGAUGAGGAUGAGGGCGAGGACGAUGACGAUUUCCAGUUCCUGCGCUGCGACGGCUGCGGGCAGGACUCGGCGCGGCCGCGGCUGCUGCGCUGCCUGCACACGCUGUGCCCGGCGUGCCUGAGCGACACCAAGCAGUGCCCGCGCUGCCAGGCGGCCACGGCCGCGCCCGCCGUGGACAACCUGCUCUUCUGCAACCUGCGGAGCCGCCUGCAGCUCUGGCGGCAGAUCCGCAGCGCCGGCGGGCCCGGCUGCGGCCGCUGCCGCGCCGAGGCGGCGCUGGUGUGGUGCGAGGAGUGCGAGGAGUUCCUGUGCGGGCGCUGCCUGGAGGAGCACCAGUGGUGGCACAAGAAGAAGGCGCACAGGGUGCGCAGGGUGGAGGAGCUGCGGGCGGGCUCGGCGCGGCAGUUCCUGGAGGAAACGCGCGGCUCCUGCAGCCUCUUCUGCUCCAGCGGCAGCCACCCCGAGGAGAGCCGCGUGUGCAGCAUCUACUGCCCGCGCUGCGAGCGGGCUCUGUGCUGUCCGUGCGCGCUGCUGGACACCGGCCACGCUCCGUUCCGCGACCUGCGCGCCGAGAGCCGCCGGCGCCAGGACGAGCUGCGCUCGCUGCGCCGCGACCUGCGGCGGCUCCGCCGCGCCUUCGAGGCGGCCGCGGCGCGGCUGCGGGGCGAGGCGGCGCGGCGGGAGGAGCAGCGGGAGCGGCUGCGGGAGCGCGUCCGCGCCAGCGCCGAGCGCCUGCAGGAGCUGGUGCGCAGCGAGGCGGAGGAGCUGCGGGCGCUGCUGGAGGCGCGGCCGGAGCGCGGCCGGAGCGCGCUGGCGGAGGAGCUGCUCGGCGCCGAGGGGACGCUGCUGCGGCUGGAGGCGGCCGAGCGGCUGGUGGAGAGGCUGGGGCGCUACGGCGGCGAGCAGGAGCUCAUGGACAUGCAGCCCUUCGUCAAGGGCGCGCUGCUGGAGCUGCGGCGGCUGCGGCCGCCCCAGGUCCCCGAGCUCCGAGAGCCCCCCGACAUCACCGAGUGCCGGGUGCGGCUGCGGGCGCUGGUGGAGCGCGUCACGGGGCGGCCAGAUGUCCCCGAGGUUGAGGUGGCCCUGGAGAACAACCUGGAAGAGGAUCCCAAACGCAACAGCGUCUCCCCCAGCCUCGAGGAGAUCCAUGUGGAGCAGCCCGUCCCGCUGUGCUGCUGGACGACGCGGCCGCUCUCCGCCGUGGAGCGGGGCAGCCAGGUGUCCCCCAAGCUCCUGAAGCUGGAAUGUGACCACGAGCCGGGCCCCAGCCAUCCCAAAUCCCGGUGGGAAUUCCAGACGGAGCCCGGCCCCUCCACGGCACCGCACAACUGCGCCCACGCCGAGGGCGGCAGCAUCAUCAUCUGCAGCUCGGACGACAGCGACGAGGACACCGUGGUGGUGACGGUGACACCGGAGCCGUGCUGACGUCCCACGGGACCAUCCCGCCUCAUCCCGCCAUUCCUGGCCUCCCAUUCCCAGAUUUCCGCUUGGGCUUUCCUCUUCUUGGCCAAUCCCAAAUUUAUUCCUGGACUGAGCCUCCGGUGUUCCGGAGCGGCCCCAAAUCCGGCCGGGAUCUGCUGGGAUCUCCCCUUCGAGGCUCUGAGGUUCCCUGGGAAUCUUGUUCUCCUCUGAAAUCACACCUGGCUUGAUCCCAAAAUAAAGCUUGGGAUGGGAGUUGGGAUCCGUGCCGGCCGAUCCCGUUCUCGAGCCCCUCCAAAGGUGGGGAGAUGAUCCCAAGGGUGGGAUCCCCCCUCUGGGAUCCCCCACAGCAUUUGGAGCAGGGAAUUCCUUGGGAUUGGGAUUGGGAUUGGGAUUGGGGUCCUUCUCCCGAUGUAAUGAGGGAUUAAAAUCCCGGGUUUUUUUUAUGUCUCCCCUCAAUAAAUUUGCUCCAGGAUAAAAUUCCA